AUGGUGGGCAUCUUCAAGCGCAUCUAUGAUUGGCUACUCAGCUUGUUCUGGGCCACCGAGAUGGACAUCACCAUGAUCGGCCUUCAAAAUGCCGGCAAGACAUCGUUGCUGAGGGUCCUGGCGGGCGGCGAGUUCACCAUCGACUCGAUACCGACGGUCGGCUUCAACAUGAAGCGGGUGCAGAAAGGCCAUGUCACCCUGAAGUGCUGGGAUCUUGGAGGCCAGCCUAGGUUUCGAUCGAUGUGGGAGAGGUACUGUCGAGGGGUGAACGCAAUCGUAUUCAUAGCAGACUCAGCCGACAAGGAGGCACUACCUGUAGCCAAGGAAGAGCUCCAUCUCUUGCUGGAAAAGCCGGCCAUGGAAGGGAUCCCUCUGCUGGUCCUUGGGAACAAGUCUGACCUUUCUGGUCACGCAUCCGUGGACGAGCUGAUCGCAGCGCUGGACCUGAAGAAGGUGACGCACCGCGAGGUAAGCUGUUACGGCAUCAGCGCAAAGGAAGAGACAAACCUAGAUGCGGUCCUGCAAUGGCUCAUCGCCCGAGCCAAGCAGUGA